ACGUUCCUAAUAAGGAAAAACUGGCGUACAACUUUCGCGCGCUUGUCUCUCUGCUGUGCGAACUCCCCCCCUGACAAAAGAGUCAAGGCAGACGACAUGAAGUUGGCUGUGUGUCUUCUCACACUGUUUGUGGCUGUCACCUACUCAGCACCCAGUCAGUGUAAGUGGGGACCUUCUUUCUGGUGUCAAAACGAGGCAACAGCGAAACAAUGCGGCCAACUCACCUACUGCCAGACCACCGUCUGGAAGAUCACGGAGCAGGUUGAACAGGUAAAACAGCCCGAAGAUGCAGAAUGUGAAUUAUGCGAGAUGAUUGUUGAUAUUGUUGAAAAAUAUGUAAACGACAACAACAAAACUGAGGAUGAGGUAGAGAAGCUGGUUAAAGAUGCUUGCAGUAAACUGGGUGGUUUUGCUGAGGAAUGCAAUGCCUUAGUGGACCAAUUUUUCCCCAUGAUAUGGAAGCUCAUGGAAGAAGAAGCUCCUAAAGAAGUAUGCACUUUGAUUGGAUUGUGCACGACUAAGCUCACUGCCAAGAAAGUGCAGAAACUGAUGCCCGUUUCGAAGCCCGAAGGUUUGGAGUGUGACUUUUGCAAGUACGUCGUCGACGAGGCAGUGAAGCUUGCAGAAGAGAACCAGACCGAGGAAUUUGUAAAAGAUGAAUUGGAAAAAUUCUGUUCUGCCCUUGGCCACCUAGAGGCGGAAUGCAAAGAUCUGAUCGGCAGUUUCUUCGAUAUGAUUUGGGAAGCGAUCUUAGAUGGUUUGACAGCUGAAGAAAUAUGGCAAAAAAUUAAGUUGUGUUCGGCGGGUGCAUUGCUAGCUCAAAAGACGCCAGUUUCAAAGCCCGAAGGUGUGGAGUGUGAAUUUUGUAAGGUUAUUGUUGGAAAAGUUUUGGAGUACGCAAAAGAGAAUAAAACGAAGGAUGAAGUUAAAGCUGAAUUAGAACAGUACUGUUCCGACCUUAGUUUCCUACAAAGUGAAUGCAAGUCUAUGAUUGACGACUAUUUCGAUGAAAUCUGGGACUUACUACUGACCUAUACGACUGCCGAAGAAAUAUGCGAACAAAUCGGAUUGUGUUCCGCGAGUGUGCUGCUAGUAGCUCCAAAGGCCGAUUUUUGCGACGUCUGUAAGGACAUAGUGGAAUAUCUUCAGACUUACGCCGACAGCAAUGCAACCGAAGAAGAAGUAAAGGAAGUAAUUGAGUCGUUCUGUACUCUUUUCCCUGAGAUGCCAGAUCAGUGCAAAGAAAUCCUGGAAAACUUCGAUGAAUAUUGGGAUAUGUUUAAAGGAGAAGUUGACGGGGACACCUUCUGCUACCAGUUUCAGAUUUGUACUUCCAAGAAGAAGAUCCAGACUCGGACCGUGCCCAAGAAGGAAGAAGACACUCUCUGCGACCUCUGUAAUGAAGCUGUUGUCCUUCUGAAGCCCUAUGUUGAUAACCCUGACACCGAGGCUGAUGCUGAGGCAGCGUUGAAGGAUUUUUGCAACGCUCUUCCAGAUGCGGACAAAGAUCAGUGUAACACCCUUUUGAACGAAUACUUCCCCAUAAUUUGGGAUCUUCUGAAAUCUGAAAUUGACGAUGGAAAAAUAUGCGAGAUGAUUGGACUAUGCCCCAGUGCUAAGACUCAGACCAAACCCAAGAAGAAAGAACAAUCUUUCUGUGAUGAUUGCAAAUCAGUCGUCGAAUUUUUAAAAAGCUACAUCGAUGAUAAUGUCACUGAGGAGGAUGUGAAGGACGUUCUGGUGGAAAUAUGUGACUUACUUCCUGCAGACGACAGUAAACAGUGUCUCGAAUAUGUGGAUACAUACUUCCCCAUAAUUUGGGAUCUUGUAAAACAAGAAGUGGACAGUGGUGUCAUUUGUGAGCAGCUUGGAUUUUGCAACAGCACUACUCUGGUGGCAGUGCUGAAAGCUCAAGCGAUGGCUCCCAAAACUAUAAAAUGCGAGGCCUGCCAUGCGAUUGUAAGGAUGUUGCGACCCCUUGUCGACAGUACUACUGUUGAGGGCGUUGUAAAAGUAGACCUAAAAUUCGUCUGUGACCGGUUACCGUCUCAGUACAAGACUGAGUGUUUAAACUUUCUCGAUCAAGACUACCAACUUAUCUGGGCUGUUUUCAGAGAUGAAGUGGACGAUGGCGAACUCUGUGGGUUGCUCAAGUUUUGUACAUCAGCCACGCUUCCUAAAGUAGAGGUUGCAGUAGCCAAGCAAGCUUCUAAAGCUCCUGAGGUUUGAUUAUCUUUCUCUAUCAGUUUCAGUUUAAGGCUCUCUACUGUUUACUUAAUUUCGCCUUCGUUCAGAUUCCAGGCCUUUGCCAACUCUGUGAAUUUGUUGUGGGGGAGUUGGAGAAAAAGUUGUUUACCAAUUCGUCUGAGGCGUAUCUUCUGGGCGAGCUUAACAAAAUCUGCAAUGAUACUCCUGUGGAGUGGAGAAAGGACUGCAAGGACUUUGUGGAGAAAUACGGAAAAGAUAUAAUUAAACUGGUUUUGGAAGGAGUUGGGCCGAAGCUUGUGUGUACGGCAAUCCAGGCCUGUUCGUUAGUGACCAAGACAGAGACCGUCAGUUUCGAUUCAAAGUCAGAGACGGAUUGCGAAGUGUGUCAAAUGAUUAUCGGUUACCUCAAGAAUAUUCUGGGUCAAAAUUCCACCGAGGGUGUGGUGGUAGAUGCACUGGUGGAAAUCUGUACUGUGCUGUUUCCUGAGCCCCUUCAGGAUGAGUGCUCUGCGUUUGUCAAAGAGUACGGUGCCCAAGUUGUGCAACUCAUUCUUGAAGAUAUCGACCCAAAGGAAAUUUGUCAGAAAAUCGAUCUGUGUCCAAAGUUGUCCAGCAGUGAUCUGGCAUCUCCGUGGAAGAAGAUUGAGAGAGCAUUUAAGCACGUUUGAAAACGCUCAUCAUCUUCGCCAGCUUGUUUAAUAUUUUAGAACUUAGUGCUUCGAGGCACACGUUGUAUACAUGUAUAGUACCAUUAAUUUUAUUUUAAGACAGUGUGUUUAUUUGUUGGGACACGUAAUUUGUUGUUCUCUGUUCUAAUUUAUAAUUUUGCCAUGUAUUGCUGUAACAAUAGAUAACUUAUAGUAGAGAGAAUGCAGUGUUUGAUUAUAGUGGCGGCAAGAGAAAUAUUUUCGCGUAAGAAGAAGCGCUCAAUUCGAAUCCAUGCGCAAUUGAAAGAAGUAUCAAUGUACGCAUAAAUAAUUGUACACAAAAUAAUC